AUGGCCGCUUUUCUGGACGAGACCUGGUAUCGGCGCGAUAUUCAGAUGUCUGAGCAGCCAGACCGGGGAACUCGGCUGAGCAGAAUACUGGGCGUUUGGCAGAUCAGGGUCCAUCAUCACUAUUUCGAUAGUGUUAGGAGAUCUUGCAUGCGUAUUGUCACGGUGGCUGUCAAACCGAUUAUGGUCCUCGUUUUUAUUUACUAUAUGGCAGUGUUCAUGUGGCUGGUUGGUAUUAACCAGACCUCAAGUAUUCUCUUCGCUACUGCCCGCGCUGAAGGUGGAUAUGGAUUUGGCCAAAACGCCGUGGGAUUUUUAUUCUUCGCACCUAUCACCGGCAUCAUUGCAGGAGAAAUUUUCGGGCACUUUUUCAACGAUUGCAUCUUCCGACGCAGUCUCCACCGUCACAAGGGGCUUUUUGUGCCUGAAUAUCGUCUCCCAACGAUUUACGUCGGCCUUAUUCUCAUGGUCCCCGGUUUAGUCAUCAUAGGGGAAGCUCUUCGGAAUCAUUGGCUUUGGGUGGCCAUCGUCUUUGGUUGGGGGAUGAUGGCCUUUGGUACAAUGUUAUGUUCGGUCGCAAUUACCGCUUACACUCUGGAUAACUACCCUUCGGCGUCAGGCGAAGUCUCGUCUCUCAUCAAUUUCGCACGCCUUUUGGGCGGGUUCUCUGUCGGAUACUUUCAAUUGGAUUGGGGCCAAAAAUCGGGAUGGGACGUUUCUUUCGGUUGCCAGGCCGCCGUUGUCGCUACCGCCACCCUCGUGAUCAUUCCCACUCUUCAUAUAUUCGGUGCAAAGCUACGGCGUUGUGGAGGAGAGCUGCCGUACUGA